AUGAGAAUGGAGUUUUGGAAAGAUACAAUUAAUAAGAUUUAUGCUGGAAAUCCUCCCGAGCAGCCUAUUGCUUUAGCUAUUGCAGAAGCAUUGAAGACGUCAAAGUUAUCAGCCAUGUGGAUGAAGCGCAUUAUAUCUGAAAGAAGUAGUAAUUUAGACGAUCACCAAUUCAUGACAAUAAAGGAUAUGGAAAAUUAUUCUGAAAACACACAAUCCAGUCUAUUAUACCUUCAACUUGAAUCAUUGGGUGUCAAGGAUGUCAAUGCGGAUCACGCUAUUAGUCAUAUUGGUAAAAUGAUUGGUAUUACAACUUUCUUAAGAUCAUUGCCUUUUCAUGUCAGCCAAAAGAGACUAGUCUUACCUGCCGAGAUUACAGCAAAGUACGAUAUCAUUCAAGAAAAUGUGUUCCGUGGAGAAAUUGAUGGUAUGGAAGAUGCUGUUUAUGAUGUUGCUACAGCAGCCUAUGACCAGCUAUUGACUGCUCGUUCAAUCUUGAAUCAAGUUCCUGGAGAUGCUUUUCCCGCCUUGUUAUCAGCUGUACCUCAUAUCAAGUUUUUGGAGAACCUGGAGAAAGUAAAUUUCAACAUAUUUGAUGUGAAAUUACAAAAGAAAGACUGGAAAUUGCCAUUGACUAUGUACAAAGCUUAUAAGACACACAAAAUUUAG